CGCACUGUAUACGUAUACAGUGCGCUGCACACAGGCGAUCUGCCCGCAGGAUAUUGCGGAGAGCGUAAUCGAAUAAAAAAUUUGGAUGGCGUCCAGAGACAAAAGCAGCUGCUGAGGCAUCUUGGCAAAGGCAAAGAUGCCAGAAACUUCCCUGUCGCUGGUCGAGAUCACUUUCUGAUUUUGAAGGACCUUGGAUCUGCUUGGAUCUGCUUGGAUCUGCUGGAUCUGCUGCCGAUACGGUCGGCUGGCGUGCUCGGAAAUACCCAGGACGACCAAGCGCAGGGUGGAUUCACGAUGGCCACGACCAAUUAUUCAUGCCUGCCGUGUAUUUAAUCGUACUUGGGUGUUUUUCAAGAACAGAACCUACCAAAUUGGUUCUGCUUUGAGUUUCUUCUCUUCUUUCUUUACGAUUUUCUCAUUCUGAAAAACUCACUUAACACGUUUGGCACACCUAGCCUGACCUUCGGCAUAAAAUAGAUUCAAUCUGCAGAGGUUAAGAUUCUUGAGGCCGAGUGCAAUAAACUAUUACGAAACGAAGGGAUUCCCUCGGACGACGCAAGUCUUGAGCCUCGAGAUCGUCGACCGUCGUUCCUACGAAUCUCGCAGACGCUCCGGUCUUUCGGUUUUUCGCGUCGAACAAUAAGAGACCUUUGACGGCAAGAGCUGUCGGAAACAGCAUCGCUCCUCCUCCGUACUGUCCUUAUUGUACUGGUAUUGCGUAACAUGACUCUCCUGACGCAAUCGCUGAAUUAAACCGCCCGAGACUCACAAUUAAA